UCCAGGAAGUGCGGGGGCUCCGGCGCCGGCCGCCGCGAUGCAUUCUGGGCCAGCAGCAGCACCAGAGCCAAGAUGGCGGCCAGCAGGAGGCUGAUGAAGGAGCUUGAAGAAAUCCGCAAGUGCGGGAUGAAGAACUUCCGUAACAUCCAGGUCGACGAGGCUAAUCUGCUGACGUGGCAAGGGCUCAUUGUCCCCGACAACCCCCCCUAUGAUAAGGGGGCCUUCAGGAUCGAAAUCAACUUCCCAGCAGAGUACCCCUUCAAACCGCCGAAGAUCACGUUCAAAACGAAGAUCUACCACCCCAACAUCGACGAGAAGGGGCAGGUCUGCCUGCCCGUGAUCAGUGCCGAGAACUGGAAGCCAGCAACCAAGACCGACCAAGUCAUCCAGUCCCUCAUAGCACUGGUGAAUGACCCCCAGCCGGAGCACCCGCUCCGCGCUGACCUAGCUGAAGAAUACUCUAAGGACCGUAAAAAAUUCUGUAAGAAUGCUGAAGAAUUUACAAAGAAAUAUGGGGAAAAGCGACCUGUGGACUAAAAUCUGCCGCGAUGGAUUCCAGCGAGUGUGAGCAGAGGCCCCGAGCAGUGCAUUGAGACACCCCGCAAAGCAGGACUCUGUGGAAAAUUGACGCGUGCCACCGCCUGGUGUCUGCUUGUGGCAGUUACUAACUUUCUACAGUUUUCUUAAUCAGAAGUGGUCUAGGUAACCUGUAAAGAAAGGAUUAAAAAUUUAAGAUGUUCUAGUUCUGCUUUCUUUGUUUUAAAAAUCACCGCUCCAACCCACUUUUAAAAAAUGGUCUUUCUUUUCCUGUCCAAAUUUAUCCAAAAUCAAUUUACAUUUAGGCCAUAAGGUUUUAAAAAAAGGCGGGGGGCGGGGGGGGGAGGCUCUGGUUCCUCUCUGCCCUUGCAGCUGCCACUUCUUGCAUUUCGUCUGAUUCUCACUCCCCCGCUCUCCCAGGCCCGCCCGGCCCCGCCCCGCCGGGAGGGGCGGCCCCGCCCCCAGGCCCCUCUGCUCCGCCCUCGGCCGGCCUGGUGUGCGAGUUAGUGCAGACUCCUGACUGAUUUAUAGCCGCCUUUUGAGAACACCGAGAAACGAGCAAACCUCCACUCCAGCCCCCAACCAAAAGAAAAAAAAAAACCAACAAUCCCGUGGAAAGGGGAGCUCCAGCUCUUCUGUAAAACCCUGGCUCACGUUACCCCCGUGACGCCGGCCGGCCGGGAUGAACCUCCAGCCGCCGGCCUGCGGAGGGCAGCCCCCCGGCCCCGGGCCCGUUGGCCGGAGGACAGCGCGCCUGUGGGAGGAAGUGCUCGCCAGGGAGGCGCUCCUCUCCGAAUCCCUUCCGGAAGACGUCGGGUCUCCCCGCGGACAAGUGCUGGCGUGUCCACGCGCAGGUCUGCGCUGGCCUGUCGCCGACGAGUCCGCCGACGUGACUUGGAGCUCCUCCUCCGCCUUGUGACUGCAGCCGCCCUUCCUCAGCUCGCCUGACCCUCCGCCGAAGCCAGUGUCCCGCACCAGCCCGGGGCCGCCGCACCCCCCACCCAGGAACAGGACGGCCCCCCUGCAUCGGACUCUCCACCUUCUUGGAGUCAGGCUCCACGUGAAGCUCGCUCAGUAAUCUCCUUGACGUGUUUUAUAUUGUUUUGACCGCCUUCUUUUGUAGAAAUAAAAAUUGACCUUAGAAUGUGUCGUCAGAUGGACUCGUAAGGAUCUGAAUGCUGAUGUCUUUUCAAGCAGGCGGGACUGCCCCUGAAGUAGUAGAGUCCUGCUCACUGACACCCAGAGGAGGCCCGGGAUCCGAGCUCGGGGGUCCCCCCUCCACUCCUGCCGCCCAGGCCUGCCUCUCCCGGCACUCCGCGGGCGAGACCCGGUGGAGACGAUGACUUAACCUUGGCUUUCUGUCUUAAUUCUGGCUUUGUGGGUUGAGGUCUUCGGGGCUCGCGGCCCGUGAAGCAGCUCGGCUUUACCCAGCGGAGGGGGGGCGGUGGUGGGGGCGGCCCGUGGCCUGACCGCAGCUUCGGUACCCCAGGUACGCGCAGACAGGCCUGGGGCCGGUGCGCCCCUGCGGCACGGCCACGCCCAUCUCAUUAGCAGAAAGGCGAUGAGGGACUUGAUUUCACUCACGUGCAGAUUUGUUAAUAAAAUGCCAAAUUCUGUCAGAAGCGCUCCAGGUCAGCCGCGGUUUGUUCUCCUCGCCGCUCUGAGCCCAGAAUUAUUGCCAUUCCUGGAAACUCGCCCACCGCUUCGUGCUUCCCAGUGCAGCUCUGCCGCCUGCCUCCCCUGCCCCCGUGUCUGCUCGCCAGCCUCCGGGAGGACGCCCGCCGUGCUCCACGCGGUGGCCCCUCCCCUCGGGGGUUCACACUCUGCUUCGCCCCGCCCCUCCGAGAGUGGGUUGGCGGCCCGCCUGGCCUGGAUCCACUGGCGGGCGCGCGCUGAGCCCUCAGGCAGACGUGGAGCAGCUCACCAGCAGCCUUGCUCCUCCGGACCCGACGGCUGGUCUCCCGAGCAGGGGAGAGCUGCCAGGCCCGCCUCCGAGCGAGAGCCCUGGCCUCCCGCCUUUCCCCACGGCGGGCACGAGCCGCCCGAGCCGCUGCGAUCUGCUCUGCUGCCCUGAAUAAAAGUGCUCUGGGACAUGG